AUGGAUAUUCUCGAUGCUUAUCUUUCCCCUGGGUCUAUCCUUGUGGCCAUCGCAACGCUCGCUUUCUUCGUAAACGGCGCCUGGGCACAACUGUUUCAGAAAAAGCAGACAGACAAUACGGGGCACCUCAACCCCUCGGUUGAGCCAGGCGAUGGUGAUAUAGCGGUCUCUAAGGAACCGGAAGUCCCUGGAGGCUGGUGGGAUAGUCGGGAAGUCUUCGAACUAGAACGACGCGCGAUAUUCAGUAAAUCCUGGUUGUAUCUGGCUCAUAUCACUCAAUUUGCGAAACCGGGAGCGUACCAAUCCUUUGACAUUGCUGGCUUUCCUAUUUUUCUCAUCAGAGGCAAGGAUGACAAGAUCCGCGCAUUUCAUAAUGUAUGUCGGCAUCGCGCGUAUACUAUAACUCGUAAGGAAACCGGUGCAUCAACAGUUCUGGGAUGUCGUUAUCAUGGCUGGAGCUAUGAUACUCUUGGAAGAUUGGUAAAGGCACCGCAGUUUGAUGAUGUUCCAGGAUUCGAUAAGUCAGAGAACAGUCUUUUCGAGAUUCAUGCUCAUACUACUGAGCAAGGCUGGGUUUUUGUUAAUCUGGAUACCGGGGAACCCGGUCCAUUUGAGGCCUCUUUGCAAGCUUCUCUGGAAGAGUUUAAGCGAGACUCUGGUCUGGGGAAAAGGUCUGAGUGGGUAACUGGACAAACUUUGACUGGGUCGUUUAACUGGAAGUUGGGAGCAACUGAUCGCCACUUCAAGAGUGCUCUUGCACAGCUCGAGCAGAGGAUCUCAGAAACCUUAAGACCAUCUUUUGCAACUCAGGUCAUGCGCGCCCUAACGCUAAAGAAUAAAAAGUCAACCUGCUCCUUAUUCCCAAGGACACUCGUAUACUCCUUCGAGAAGGCAGACUUGGCGCUAGCUUUAACCCUUUUGCCAGCUUCAGAAACAACCACUCAGGUCAGAUAUGACAUUUUCGACGUAGGCUCAAAGGAAGAAACCGAUGAGAGCACUUUAGCCAAUACUAUCGGAGAGGUUUUGCAUAAGCUUGUCAAUGAUAUGGAGAAUGUUUUCGAAUCUAUUGCUCAAACCGCGGUGGAAAGCUCAGCGACGACACAUAAAAUCUUGAAGCAGCUUCGGGAGCACCAGAAAAUGGAGAAGAUACGUGGUGGUCAGAUUCUCCCUGCUAUGCGUCAACCUAAGGGUAGCCCACUUUUUCAAAGGGCUGAACAAUUGUGUAAAGAACUUGACUGCUCAGGCCCUAGAGCAAAUGGAGCUGGGUCUGGUGGGCUUGACUGGUAA